AGUUGAAAACGUAAACAUAGAAGACCAGCGAGCUGAAAAUGUCUGCGCGCCAACUUCAACCACACAAAUUCAAGCGAAACUGAUUAUUCAGUUACCAUGUCACAAUCGCAGUCCGGCUUCCUGGAGACCGUGGUCGGGUGGGACUCCACAAAGUGUCAGGAAAAUCUAGACACGGCCCUACCCAGACUCAUUGAAUGUUUUCAAGAACUUGAUGUGAUUCAAGAACAAAUUGGAAUACUGAAGAUAAUUUGCCAUUCCUUUCUGCCGUGUGUCCAGGUGACUGAUGCGGAGGAGAAAGUAUUUAGCAGGCUGAUGGACCAGGUGUGUGGCCUGUUUGACCUGACCCUAGAAGACAUACAGCUGCACACACAGAAAGGAGACAGGAAAUCCAGCCUCCCUCUCAUCACUGACCGCCUACAGAGUUUGGUGGAUCUGUCUGAGUUUCUGGAAACCUGUGUUUGUCACAUGCAGACUGGGAACAUGCCACUAGAGUGGAGCUGCCUUCACUCCCUGCCCAGAGGAACCAUUCACUUCCUGAGAGGAGCGUAUGGACACUGCAAGGUCAGUGGUGAGCUAUAUCAGGAACUGCUGAGUUGUUUGUCUGUGCCGUUGUCCAACCUCUUCAAGAAAACCCACUCAUUACAAGUGGCCUUUCUGCGACUUCUGGACAACUUGAGAGUGAGUGACCAAGUCACAGAACAGGAAGUACAGGAGAUCACUCAGGUUUGCAGGGGUCUUUUUGAUGUUUGUCAAAUCGUGACCUCACUUGAUAUGAAGUUGAUGGUUACCCUAUGGAAAGCUAUAUCCAAGCAUGCAGUCAGUAAUAAGGCCCACAUUGGUCACCAUCUGGAGGUGGGGGACAUGGUAAACCACCUCUGUGGAGAAAUCCAGACUGGAUUUGUGUAUCUCCUUCAGUUGCUUCCUCGUCUGGAUCUGGAGGGACGGGUAUUAUCACAGGGAGAUGAAAAAGGAUUCCAAAAAUCCCUCAAGAUUUUGGGAUUUCAGAUGAAGAUCUUGGUCAUGUUGGUUCGGGAAUUCUCUGACCUCCUUGACAGGUGUGAAAAACAGGUGUAUAAUUUACUCCUCACAUUACACAGACUUCUUCCACCGAGUUUAUCUGCCCAGCAGAUUGACCAGAAAAAUCUCUCUGAAAUUCAGCAACAUCUAACCAAUGCUACUGAUGUCUUGAUAAAGGCCUUCCUACCAAACAAAUUGUUCAUUGAAACCUUGACUGGCAGUGAGAAAGUGGGAGCCGUGAGAGAUGAGGACAGUUUUCCUGAAUUACAGAUUUUACUCAGAGUCUUAGAUAACCUGCCUCAGAUGGAAGACAGAAUUCAGCAGUUGUGGGUGGAUCACUGCUUGUAUCCUAAAGACCUGGAGAGACUCAGUGUUAUAGAGGUGGUGUUCAGAACCACAGCUAGAUGUUCGGUAGAGAUGGGUUUACCCUUGUACAUCACGGAUCCUAGUUUGACAGGAAAACAUGAGAAGAGUAUGACAUUGUACGAGAAUUGCUGUACAAGAGUGUGUGGAUUUCUGGGAAGCCUGACAACUAAACUGUUCAACAAAGCCGAAGAAGUCCUCCUGGAGAAUAUUCUGUCACAUGACCUCUGGUGUCGUCUGCUAGCUGAGGACGUCUGGUGCUUCCUUGUCAGAUACGGAUCAGCAGACUUGUGCAGGGAUCAGGUGAACUUUCUAGUGGAGCUGAUGAAACAGUCGCCUCCAGCAUUCCAACCCCCGUCCCCGCUCCUCUCACUGACUGUCCGCUUGAUUAAAUGUCUGGCUCCGGAGCAUCAGGCCGAGCUGACACAGAGCCUGGGGGCCUCUGAUGACCCGGUCUCCCUCAGGGUCCUUGCCAGCUGUGUGCAGGGAUUCUCUGACCCCGGCCUCUGCCAAGGGGUCAUCCACUCCGUGUCAGAAAUCUGUUCCUGGUUACUACGGGAGAUAACGACCACAGAGGAAUACACACAGGAAGAUCUACAUAGACUGGUCCUGUGCUUGUCCUGCCUCUGUGAGCUGCUGGGUCAAAAUGACACGAUCCCAUUGGCUGUCCAACCCCAUGUGACCUCCUCCAUCACUGAUACCAUUGGUCGGCUGUGGAAGGGGAUUGUGGCGUCUGAUUGGCUGAACACUUCACUUUCAUUGCAGUGUCUUGGGAAGUUAAUUCUAUUGAGCUCAUACCUGCUGCUUUCUCUUGAUAAUGAUGUCCUGGACAAGAUUUUGACAGGAAUGAGUUCCUGCGUUCAACAAGAGAGCUCUGUUCAUCUACAUCUAACCCUUGUCUACUUUCUGAGGUCAUUUGGAAAAGUCAGACUGACAGCAUCACCAGAGCAACCUCAGAUGUUGAAAAGAUUAUCUGAUCUAUUUGUGGCAACCUUGACCUCAUCUGACCUAUUUAUCUACCACCACGGGUUGUCUGCCUUUACCAAGUUUGCAGAAGAAACCCUGCAUGAAGCUGUGGUCCCCAGUUGUAUAGAGGAUCAGCCCGGGCUUCAGGACUGUGUGGUGCAGUUUAUUAACAAGAGUCCUUACACCUGCUCAGGUGAGUUGAGUAGAUUGGAUUUUCUGAGGAUUGUGCCCCCAUGUAGAAUAGGUGUGGACAUGGACUCAGACUCUGGUGUCAGUGACCACCAAAGUGGGCCCAGUAGUAAGAGACCUCGACUGAUGGAAAAUGUCAAUCAUUGUCAGGUGUCUCAACAGCUGAAGACUUCCGUAGAAGAGUUGGUGGGAGUGUUACGAAAGACUUUGUCUGACCUAGAAGCCUUCACUAAAUCUGAGGACACCGACAUGACUCCACAAACCUGGAACAACCUGGAACAUAUCCAGACGAAGAUCAUGGAUAUCAUGAAAGAGAAAGGCUGAUCUGUAGCCAUUGGUCAUGAGGAACAUCCUUCAUCUCGAUCAAGCUUACUUAUAGCAAAAAGGAGACAGGAGUAAACAAGCUUUAAAGGGGACUAUAUUUUUAGAAUGGGGAACAUCCUGGAACAUUUCCAAAUAAAGACUGUGGAUAUCAUGAGGAAUACUCUUCAUCUCAACUAAGCUUACAUAUGGAAAAAAGGAGACAGAAAUAAACAAAGCGAACUAUAUUUUUAAAAGUUUAUGAAUGAAAGAUAGAGAAAGAAACUGGAGUAGUAUAUUUAUUUACAUGAGACCAUAUUCAGAUUUAUACUACAGUCAAUGCUUCGUGAUCAGGAAUGGGCAAAUAUUUCAUGUUUUAUAUUUACACAUUACUCACUGGAAUAUAUCCAUGUUAGAAUUAUAUUGAAUCAUUAAGAUGACAGAAUAUUUUUGUUGAUAUGAUUGAUAAGGUGACGGACGUUUUGUGUCAUUAUCAACGAGUCAAAUACGAUCAGUGAUAUGAAAUUCUCCUGUAUAAC